AUGUGUUACGCAAAACCUGGACAAGUUACCUGUCUAGCACCCGGCUGCACUCGUCCUAUAUAUGAAAAAAAUGGUGUUCGACAUCCUUAUUGUGGUUUAACUUGUGCACGUUCUUGUGAUGAUAAGUUCACGUAUCAAAAUCUCACAAAUGGUAUUGCUGAAUAUAAAAAAUUCUUAGAAACGCCAUUCGAUAACGAGGUUCAGUGCAAAAUUGCUGAAUGCAAGCAAUCAAUAUACGUGGAUCCUAAUGGUCGCCACCAUUCGUACUGUUCUCGUAGCUGCGCUAGAAAAGAAAAGACCAUGGAGAAUUCGACAGCUGUUCGAUUGAUUGAUAUUGACGAUGGAAUAAUGAAUUAA